GACCAUCAGGAGGCAGCAAAAAGAGCUCAACGGACUCCGGAAAUUUAUGGAGACAGCGGAGCAGCACUGGGACUUGCUCAAUGAGAACAUCUUGGAGCCGCUUGGGUACCCGGAACAGCGCCGGAAUUUGUUCCCACGAGACGAUCUUCUGCAACUCGCGGGUGAUGACUGCAAGGAUCUCAUCUCCGCCUCCCGCAAAAUAUGCCAUAAUUUGAACAUCAAAAGGAGCCGCACUUGUGACGUGCGCAAGCUUAUUGGUAAGAUGGACGUUCAGCCGGAGCUGGUGACUGAUCUACAAGCAUCUUCAGCCCGAGGCGCAGCUGCAAUGGCCUUGACCAUGUGCCUAGCACAUACUCCGGGUCUUGAUCUUGAUGAAGUGACCACGGGCGUUCCUCCGGAUGUGGACGUCGGCGAGCUGCUGGAUGCAGUGAGCGGCUACGACACCCGUAUCGCGCGCAGGAUCCGGCACGAGGAAUUCUACGACAAGGUCGUCCUCGCUGCUGACGAGCCCUUAGAAGCGGAACUUUUGAAGGAUCUCGACGCCCAGGCGCGACCUGCGGAAUCCGGAGCCGAGUUUACCUGGACCAGCUCCAAGGAUGCGCCCCAAGAAGAACCCAAGACCAGCACUGCUGCUUCCGAAGAAAAGGAAAGUGAAGAAGACGUAUCUUCUCCGGCCGAAGGCGCCAAGGAACAAGAUCCAGAGGGCAAGACUUCUCCGGCUAAGGGGGAGUGAGAACUUUUAUUCCUGCGGGAAAAGCAAUGCAUCAUUUUGGCCCCAGCGAGGGUUUGUAAUAAGACUUUAAAUUCUUAAGUAGCUAGGAACGAAACAAUUAUGCAUGGGGCGGAAACACUUAUCCUGCUAUCCGUUAAAUGUUAUGUGCAUGUUUCGUUUUAUGUCGGAAAGCAAGUGCUGACUUCGUUAUUUUCCGGCUUGCUCGCUUGACCUUCCACGAGCCGGAAAACCUUAGCCGGAAACGCUCGCCAGCGGCGACGAAGCCCAAUGGCAGUCCGUCCAUAACCGCGGAAACAAGCCCCCAGGCAUAGGUGCCGGAAAUCGCUACUAGGAAUCCACGAGUUCGCAACAGAUAACAACUUAAUCAGAAAACUUAAGCUUACGUCCUAAAGGACGAUUUUGAAAAUCACAACUUUCAUACACGCCUAGGCGGAAAAAAUCCAGCUCUGCGGUUUUAGUUGGAAAAAACAUACACGAUCUAAAAUGAACAAGUAAAGGAGGUAAAGGACUCAAGGAGUGAACCAAAAGCUUUAUUUCAUUGAUCAUGUAUAACUAUUACAGAGUUUAGAACUCG